GGAUCGUGGGCAGACUAGACAUCCAUACGAUUCUGCCAGUGUCUUUUCUCGAUUUUCGUUCAAAUGGCUGUUCCCAUUAUUGAUCAAAGGAAGAAAGGAAUUUUUAAAAGAUGAUGAUUUAUAUGAAACUUCCCAGUAUCAUUCCUCAGAAUAUCUUGGGAAUUUACUUCAAAAAGAGUGGAAUAAGGAAGUAAAAAAGAAUAACCCAAGCAUUGUUAAAGCAUUGUUACGAUUUAUAGGAUGGAAGUAUUUAAUAGUUGUAUUCCUUGCUCUGAUUCAGGAAACUGUAGUAUUUACAAGUCAAGCAUACAUUUUGGGUAUUAUAAUAAAUUAUUAUGACAAUAGAUCAGAAUGGAAUGAACUAAAUGUAUAUUUAUCGUGUGCUGUAUUCUUUGGCCUAAUUAUAAUCUAUAUGGUAACAUAUAAUAUCGAUUAUUUUAUAAUGGAAUUAUUAGGCAUGAAGUUAAAGAUAUCUUUAUGCACUCUUAUAUACAGAAAGGCAAUUAAUUUAAGUUCUUCAUCUCUGGCAAAGUCCAAUGUAGGACAAAUGGUGAAUCUCCUUGCAAAUGAUGUCAGCAAGUUUAACAAUAAUCUCUUCACUGUGUUAUAUUUAUUUACAAAUCCAUUUUUAAUUAUCAUUACCACAAUCGUUUUGUGGACGUAUUACGGAUGGGCCAUUAUAGUUGGAAUAUCGAUUAUACUUAUUUUUAUUCCAAUGAAAAUAUUGCUUGGAAAAUUAUAUUCAAAACUGAGAUUACAAGCAGCCAUAUUGGGAGACGAAAGGUUAAAUCUGUUGAAUGAAAUGCUUGCUGGUAUGAGAUUAGUUAAAAUGUACACUUGGGAAUUGCCGUUUGCUGCAUUAAUAGAAAAAAUAAGAGCGAAGGAAAUAAAAACGAUUCGGAAAUUCCUAUAUGCUCGCGGAAUAUUGUUAACAUUAGGAUUUCCUUUAUCAAGAUUAUAUUCAUGCCUUAUUUUCCUUGUGUUUUUUCUAUUCGGUGGCCAACUGAAUGCUCAAAUUGUUUUCGUCACUACGACAUUUUCUAUAAUCAUUUACUUCAGCGUCAUUUCACUAUUUUCCUUCGCUGUUAAUCUUGCGGCAGAAAUUUUUAUAUCUUUGAAAAGGCUUCAGCAUUUUCUCCUGCUUCAAGAAAAAGACAACAGUUCAGUUAAUGUAAUAAAAGAAAGGUUAAUGCUAACAAAAUGUGGAAUAUGGAUGGAAAACGUCAAAGCUGCGUGGAAUAAAGAUAUUGAACCAACAUUGGAUGAUAUAUCAUUAAGUAUAAAACCUGGAGAAUUGUUAACUAUUAUAGGUUCUGUUGGAUCAGGAAAGACUUCUUUACUAAUGUCAAUAUUGAGAGAAAUUCCGAUUAUUUCUGGAAGAGUAUCAGUGAAAGGAAAAGUUUCUUAUGCUUCACAAGAAGCCUGGAUAUUUAACGGAACUAUAAGAGAAAAUAUCUUAUUUGGAGAAGAAUAUCAAAAAAAGAAAUAUAGUGACAUUUUAAAAAUAACAGCCCUUGAGAAGGAUAUAAGUUUAUUUCCAGAAGAAGAUUUGACAGUUGUAGGUGAAAGAGGAGUGAUGAUGAGCGGUGGUCAGAAAGCAAGAAUUAAUCUUGCAAGAGCAUUAUACGUAGAUGCAGAUAUAUUCCUCCUUGAUGAUCCGUUAAGUGCUGUUGAUGCUCCAGUAGCGAAACACUUAUUCGUAAAAUGUAUAAAAGAAUAUUUAAAAGAAAAAGUUUGCAUUCUCGUUACACAUCAAAUACAAUUUCUAAAUUCUACAACUAAAAUUUUAGUGUUAAAUAAGGGAAAAUGUGAAUUCUUUGGCAAUCGUAAUGAAAUGAAAUGUUGUGAAUGCUAUGCAGAAGAUUCACGAGAAAAUGAAAUUGUUAAAAGUAGCAUGGAAUUGUCGACCGUAUGUUUCAACGACAAAAAAAUACCUAACAUUAAACAAGUUGACGUGCUUCAAGAUGUCGAAAUUAAUAAUAAUGUAAAUACCAAUCACAAGCAAUUACAAGAAGAUAAAAGACAUGGAGUUGUAGGAUUAUCUGUUUAUAAAGCAUAUGUUAAUGCUGGAGCUGUUUGUGCAACAUUUGUUAUGACAUUAGUUUCUGCAUCAUUGUUUUACGAAAUGUUCAUGGCAGCAUCUAUAAAGCUUCACAAUAAUAUGUUUCGUUGUAUUAUUCGUACUCCAAUAUCGUUCCUGGAUAGCAAUCCUGUUGUUUAUAUGUAUAUUAUUUUAAUAACUUUGUACUUUUUUAAGGAUAUUGAACCAACAUUGGAUGAUAUAUCAUUAAGUAUAAAACCUGGAGAAUUGUUAACUAUUAUAGGUUCUGUUGGAUCAGGAAAGACUUCUUUACUAAUGUCAAUAUUGAGAGAAAUUCCGAUUAUUUCUGGAAGAGUAUCAGUGAAAGGAAAAGUUUCUUAUGCUUCACAAGAAGCCUGGAUAUUUAACGGAACUAUAAGAGAAAAUAUCUUAUUUGGAGAAGAAUAUCAAAAAAAGAAAUAUAGUGACAUUUUAAAAAUAACAGCCCUUGAGAAGGAUAUAAGUUUAUUUCCAGAAGAAGAUUUGACAGUUGUAGGUGAAAGAGGAGUGAUGAUGAGCGGUGGUCAGAAAGCAAGAAUUAAUCUUGCAAGAGCAUUAUACGUAGAUGCAGAUAUAUUCCUCCUUGAUGAUCCGUUAAGUGCUGUUGAUGCUCCAGUAGCGAAACACUUAUUCGUAAAAUGUAUAAAAGAAUAUUUAAAAGAAAAAGUUUGCAUUCUCGUUACACAUCAAAUACAAUUUCUAAAUUCUACAACUAAAAUUUUAGUGUUAAAUAAGGGAAAAUGUGAAUUCUUUGGCAAUCGUAAUGAAAUGAAAUGUUGUGAAUGCUAUGCAGAAGAUUCACGAGAAAAUGAAAUUGUUAAAAGUAGCAUGGAAUUGUCGACCGUAUGUUUCAACGACAAAAAAAUACCUAACAUUAAACAAGUUGACGUGCUUCAAGAUGUCGAAAUUAAUAAUAAUGUAGUAUAUUUUGUCAUUAUCGGCAGAAGUCCCGUAUUUUCUCAUCUGAGUGUGUCUCUAUAUGGACUGACAACAAUCAGAGCACUUAAUGCAGAAAAUAAAUUCAAGUCAACAUUCAAUAAAUAUCAAGAUAAACACACAGCAACAUGGUUUAUUUACGUGGCUUUAAAUCGAUGGAAUUGCGCAUACAGUCAUUUCUUCUGUCUUCUAAAUCUUUUUAUUUCUUUUGUCGUUUUGACUGUUUCGAUGAAUGAAGAUGAUGCAGGAAGUAAAAUUGGUCUUGUUGUCAAUUACGGAUUAAUGGUAUUCUUACUUUUUCAAUGGAGUAUUAAGCAUUCGUCUGAAAUUGACUAUAUGACGAAUUCUGUUACCCGUAUACUGAAUUAUAGUAACUUAAAACCGGAAGCAGCGUACGAAAGUUCUCCCGAAAUACAACCUCCUGCUGAUUGGCCUCAGAAAGGAAAUAUUGAAUUUAAGAAUAUAGGAAUUGUUGGAAGAACAGGAGCUGGAAAGAGUUCUAUCAUUUCUGCGUUAUUUCGUAUGACAGAACCUAACGGAAACAUUAUCAUUGACGGAGUUGUUACUCAAGACAUCGGUCUGAGAGAUCUACGUAGUAAAAUAUCGAUUAUUCCUCAAGAUCCAAUACUAUUUACUGGUCCUCUUCGCAGAAACAUCGAUCCUUUUAAUGAGUAUUCCGAAGACAUAUUGUGGCAAGCCAUUGAAGAGGUGGAAUUAAAAGAUGUAAUAAGAAAAUUGCCUGGAGGAUUGGAUGCACAUCUAUCAGAAGGAGGACGAAAUUUUAGCAUUGGACAAAGGCAAUUAAUCUGUUUAGCCAGAGCAAUUCUUCGUCAAAAUAAAAUUCUUAAUACCAAUCACAAGCAAUUACAAGAAGAUAAAAGACAUGGAGUUGUAGGAUUAUCUGUUUAUAAAGCAUAUGUUAAUGCUGGAGCUGUUUGUGCAACAUUUGUUAUGACAUUAGUUUCUGCAUCAUUGUUUUACGAAAUGUUCAUGGCAGCAUCUAUAAAGCUUCACAAUAAUAUGUUUCGAUGUAUUAUUCGUACUCCAAUAUCGUUCCUGGAUAGCAAUCCUGUUGGCAGAAGUCCCGUAUUUUCUCAUCUGAGUGUGUCUCUAUAUGGACUGACAACAAUCAGAGCACUUAAUGCAGAAAAUAAAUUCAAGUCAACAUUCAAUAAAUAUCAAGAUAAACACACAGCAACAUGGUUUAUUUACGUGGCUUUAAAUCGAUGGAAUUGCGCAUACAGUCAUUUCUUCUGUCUUCUAAAUCUUUUUAUUUCUUUUGUCGUUUUGACUGUUUCGAUGAAUGAAGAUGAUGCAGGAAGUAAAAUUGGUCUUGUUGUCAAUUACGGAUUAAUGGUAUUCUUACUUUUUCAAUGGAGUAUUAAGCAUUCGUCUGAAAUUGACUAUAUGACGAAUUCUGUUACCCGUAUACUGAAUUAUAGUAACUUAAAACCGGAAGCAGCGUACGAAAGUUCUCCCGAAAUACAACCUCCUGCUGAUUGGCCUCAGAAAGGAAAUAUUGAAUUUAAGAAUGUUUCUUUACAAUAUUCAAAUUGCAAAAAUACUGUACUAAAUAAUUUAUCAUUUCGUAUCAAGUCGGGAGAAAAGAUAGGAAUUGUUGGAAGAACAGGAGCUGGAAAGAGUUCUAUCAUUUCUGCGUUAUUUCGUAUGACAGAACCUAACGGAAACAUUAUCAUUGACGGAGUUGUUACUCAAGACAUCGGUCUGAGAGAUCUACGUAGUAAAAUAUCGAUUAUUCCUCAAGAUCCAAUACUAUUUACUGGUCCUCUUCGCAGAAACAUCGAUCCUUUUAAUGAGUAUUCCGAAGACAUAUUGUGGCAAGCCAUUGAAGAGGUGGAAUUAAAAGAUGUAAUAAGAAAAUUGCCUGGAGGAUUGGAUGCACAUCUAUCAGAAGGAGGACGAAAUUUUAGCAUUGGACAAAGGCAAUUAAUCUGUUUAGCCAGAGCAAUUCUUCGUCAAAAUAAAAUUCUUGUAAUGGAUGAAGCAACUUCUAAUAUUGAUAAUACCACUGAUUCUCGUAUACAGAAAAUAGUUCGAGAAAAAUUACAGUCCUCUACAGUAUUAACAAUAGCACAUCGAUUACAUACAAUUAUCGAUUCGGACAGAGUGCUGGUUCUAGACAAAGGAAAAAUUCAAGAAUUUGACAUGCCAUAUAAAUUGUUAGAGAAUAAAGAAGGAACUUUUUAUAAUCUCGUAAAAAAUACAGGAAACACAUCAAUGAAACAGUUAAACAACGCAGCUAAAGAUAAAUAUUAUUGCAGAGAAAUUACAGAAUCAACGAAGUUAUAA